UGUCGUGUUAAUUUAUCGAUUGUUUAAACAGGUGUUCAAAAAUGAAGUCUAUUGAAAUGAUAAACAUUGAAGACCUUGUCUGUGCAAUAAUAAAGUAUCACGCUAUAUGGGACAAUAAUGCUGAUGAUUAUAGUACAAAAUAAAGAGUCAGUCUUUCUACCAUGCGAUGAUGAAGUUGAAGAUCUUGAACCUAUUCAAUUUAAUAUACCUGCAUCAUAUAGUGAAAAAGUCAAAAUUCAUAAUUGGCAAAUGAAUACACUGGCAGAACCAAAAGAUAAUAAAGAUAUUUUUCCACCAAAAGGAAAUCUUCAGAAUUCAACUUAUAGACGAUUAGGUUCAUUCGACGAACCUAUGGGUAUAUCUGAAACUCAUGCUAUGCUAUCUCAAAUAGAGUUCAAGGAUUUAUACAAACCGAUGCAACCGCAUAGAGGUUUUCUUAAGAUGCUAUCUUUUGUAAGGACCGAAAGAGAAGAACAAGAGGAAGAACCAAAGUUAGAAGACAUAAUCUAUAGUCCUGAAGAAAUGCGUUGUAUGGAUUAUCGAACCACAACAGAAAUUGAAUAUCGAGCACCUUAUCCAAUGAAAUCUAGACCACCGCCUCAAGCACCUCCACCAGUACCAUGGUUACUUAACCGUCGAACUAUUGGUUAUACUCUUGAAGACCUACAGAAGUACGAUGGUGUUGUUACGUUUUUGGAUGAAAAUAUGAAACUCCAACAAUGCAUAGCUGAUCUAAAAAAGGAACGAAAUAAAAUGAGAGAUAUCAUAUCAAGCACAGAAACUUCAGUCAAGUCUUCGUAUGAUUGCGGUUCAUGUCAAAUUGUUAAAAAAGAUGGAAACGAAUAUCAAUGUCAUGAGUAAAUAAAAAUACAAGUUUACAAUAUUAAAAUAUGUAAAAUAAAAAAAUUAAAAUAGA